UUCUGCAAAAAUUCACGAAGUAAUUGAUUUUGAUAUCAGUUAUAAAUCAUAUUUUUUUCUAAAUAAUAUUUAGAAGCGUUUCAUAUAUUCCUUUAUACACAGUUUUCACUAAACAUUAUCAGCUGUCAGCAGAAUGACGUUUACGGGAACCCUAUUGCAUUGCUAUUCCGCACUCGUUUUGUUUACAUUUAUUUGUACUGUGGUCAGUUUGCAAAAAAUAUGCGAAAAUAUCAAGGACGACCGAAAAAACAUCCUGGUUUUAAUAAAAGAUCCAGAAUUCAGCGUAAACGUCGAGCUCAAGAAAAAAAUAUGAAAUUAAAUUCCCGAGAUGUGGAAGAUUCCGAACAAGCGGAUGUUUUCGAAAGGUCCGGAAGUGAAAAAUUUGACUUUUCUACGCCAGAAGUUACAGCUAAUGUUCCUAAGACAAACCAGGCUUUCCUGAGUUCUGAUCUGGACAUUUCAGUUAUUGACUCUGAAGUAGAAGGUAGAAAUACAAGCUCUCUUUUGGGAUUACAUGUUUUAAGCAUGGCACCGGGAAAGUCAUAUGAACAAAGAAAAGUAAAGAACGAACGCAACAGAAUAACAAAAAAAUAAAUAAAAGACUAUCUUUUCUAAAAUAACAGUAGGUCACAUACUGCAAAAAUUAAAUGACUUGUGUGUUGGAAGUUUUCAUAAUUAUUUACCCAAUAUCAUUUUUGUCUCUUUGGACAACUUUUUACUACGGAAAUUUCCAUGAAAGACAGGGAAUGGAAAACAACCAUGAGCAUUUAUGCUCCAAAGAACUAAAUUUUAUUUAUGUGAUGAGUAUGCAAAACGCCAUGAGCAUACACAUUUUUUUCACACUACAGGAAAACCAUAUCGAGCAUUAAAUCAAUUAUUUUGACUGCAAAUAUUGAAUCAAUACAAGGUUACAUUUUGAAAAAGUUGGCAAAGAAAGAUGAAGCAGUUUAAACACAAUUAUAGUUUUAUAACAAAUAAUAAUUAAGGUAACCACUUGCAACAAAACAAACAGAAAUUUUUUCUAUGUUACAUAUUUUUCUAAACAAGCAAACAAAUCAGAACUAUGAAUUUUUUUUUAGAAAUUUAUUUUCCUUAACUACAGAUAAAAUACAUAAAGAAACAACUUAAAUAAAGCUUCACACAUGGUUUAAAAUUGUGACACAAUCUAUUCAGUAAGACUAGCAAAAUGUUAUAUCAAAUAUAUUUUGAUCUAAAAAAAGUUAAGAAACUGAUUUCAUAAUAUUGAAUAGGAAGAAAUGAAAAAAAUAUCUCUGUGAAAAUAAUGUUGCCUCAUUGUUUUUAUCGAAAGGAAAAUAUACUUUAAUAUGAAAAAAUACCUGCAACAAUUGCAUUUAUGCAAAUCAAAGUAAAAAAUAUUCAAUUAAAAAAUAGUGAAGUUUUCAUGACAGUAAUUUCUACCUUUCAAAGUAAAAUAAGCCAUUAUAAACAGAAAAAUUGUAAAAAAAUAUUACACUUAAUUUAAGAAAAAUUUUUGUUAAAAAAAAGGGAACACUAUUUGUAAAAUGUUACCAAAAUAUUAAUACAGAAUUGAUACUUUCAUAGUCAACCAACAUUAAUAAAAUAUAUACUAUAAAGAUUUAACUUGGUUUAGACUACAAUGCAUAAAAUUACACAAACAACGUCUCAACAAUAAAAGUAAAAUUUCAAAUGCAAAUAUUUAACAUAAACAAAUAAUUAAAAACAUAAAAAAAGUGAAAAUGUGCUAUCAAUUAUAAUAUUAAUUAAUCAAAAAUUAAUACACAUAUUAAUUCAAAUGAAUUCUUACACUGAAUUAAAAAAUAUAGAAUAUAUAAACACACACAUAUAUACAUACAUACAAUACAUAUACACACUGGUUUCCACCCCUGAUCUGAAAUACUCUGAAGUAUGAAAAAUUUUAAAGGCUGAAUAUUACACAACAAAAAUAAAAUUUCAUACCUAAUCUUUUACAACAGAAAGGCUGUAUAAAGGAGUUUGCUCAUCUUCAUAAUGGGGGUGGGGGCAUUCCAACCUCUUAAGCUACUAGUCAGCUAGUGCCCAAGAGUAACAAAAUACAGUGCUAAGUCCGAAAUCCAAUAUCCAGAAAGAGCUAAUAAAAUCCGAACAUCCGGACCACCAGCAACUUUUCUUUUUUACAAGAUUUUUUUUUAAAUAAUGUUUAUGCAUUUGAUAUUUUUUCAUGACAAACAUGCGAAGGGUUCUGAUUCUUAAUUUAUCUUCAUAAACACCAACUUAUCAAAACAUUUUUUAUUAUUUUUUGCUUUUAUCACAUGACAUUUUAUACAUUUUUUUUUUCUUAUUUUCUUAUUUUUUGUAUUAUUAUUCUUAUUUAGAAGUGGUGAUAAAUGAAGAUGAUAUAAUAAAAGAGAUGAUGAUGCCCCAGUAAUCAAUCAACUAACGGAUGGUGAAAUCGGAAAUAUGGUUCUAAAUCCAGAAAAUAUCGCUACCGAUAGUGAGUGAAGUGACAGAGAGGUUGUUGAGAACGAAAAAUUUCGAUUUGCAAUUUUGAGAAAUUUCUUGAUGUGGCAAUUACAGAGCAUGAACAAUGGAACUUUGUAACUGAAUAAGAAAUUAUGCUUUCUAUAAAAUCAAAGAGAAAGUAUUAGCACAAAAACAAGCAACUUACAAUGAGAGAAAUGUUUAACAAAGCAAACAAAUAAAUACUCGGCUUUUUUGGGGCUCUUUUAAAUUUUGAUUCCUUCAAGGUCAUAAAUGCUUUAUUUUUCCAUAAACCACUAUUCCUUAUUUUUAAUUUUAUAAUUUCUACAUGCCAUGCUACUAAAUUAAUGUUCUAACAUGCGAAAAAAACCCAAAUCUGGAAUCGAAGUCCCGAUGAAUUUGGAUCUUCGACUUUGUAUUGAGCUGAAAAUGUUACAGCUUCAUUGUAUUAGGACAUGCAACAUUUUUACUGUUAAUUAAACAGAAAACAAAUAUGAAAAAUCAUUGCUUACUGUUAAUGCAUUAAUUCUGACACAGGAAUAAUCAUGAUAACAAAUGAGCACAAAGUGACCCUAAGGUUUCUGAGAUAAUGAUACUUCUGCUUUCAGAGUCUUCAUCGUGCACAACUGUGUUUCUUAAACAAAACUAUUUAAAUAUUGGAAUAAAAGCUCAAUUUUUCAGGAAAUGCCAAAUUCCCGAUAAUUGAGCGUAUAAAAAAAUUAAAUUCAUGUCAGAAAAGCCAAAUGAAUGGAAGAAACAAUUUCCAGUUUAAUUAUAAAAAGAGUUGUUUUAUUUGGUUAUCAACUUGAACAUACUCAAAUUAUGUAAGAUUAAAAAAAAAAAAAAAAAAAAAAAAAAAAAAAAACAUUCAGAUAUAAAUGCCGAUGGAAACAUCUUACCAGAUUACGAAAUUCCGCUGACCAUGAAAACUUGCGGAGAUGGGGCCACAUUUGAGGCAGUCAUUCUGGCAGGUGUUUGAAGGAGAAAUUAAUUAGAUAACAUACAAGUUACAGACAUAAUAAUAUAAAAAAACUUAAAUUGCAUGUUACAAUUUUUCAUAUUGUAUAGCCAGCAUUGAUCCAUUUUCUCAUAACUUGGGUUUCUCUUGAUGCUAAGAUCACAUAAUUUUGAAAACACUGUUCUGCAUGCUGUUCUGCUGUAGGUGAGUCUUAAAUUUUAACCAUUUUUUUUUCCAAAUGAGAUGAAAAAACAGAAAAAAAAAAAAAAAAAAAAAAAAAAAAAAAAAGAUUCAUAGAAACUAACAGCAGCUUACAUGUCAAAUGUCAAAGUGAUAAUAAUAAUUA